AAAGGCAGCAUGACGGAGCUGCACGAAGCGGUGGCUUUGGGUAACUACGACUUAGUGGAAGAAAUCCUCCAGAGGGAGCUCGCGGACCCAAAUUGCAAAGAUGCGGACUGGAGCGACCGGACGCCCCUCCACUGGGCGGCAGCAAACGGCCACACAAAGAUAGUAAAGCUGCUUGUGGAACACGGUGCUCGCCUGGUUUUGCGAACGGAGGCAGGUUGGACUCCAGUUCAUUUUGCUGCAGAAUCAGGGCAACUGGGCGUGUUGAGAACACUGCACUCCUUGAACGCACCGAUGGACGCCCCGGAUCUCUAUGGAGAUGUCCCAAGAAGAAUUGCAGAAAUCUAUGGGCACAAAGCCUGCGUCAAAUUCUUAGAAAUAGCUGAAAUGGAAUACAGGGCAUAUUGCCAGACGGCAAAAUCAAAGGGAAUCCAACUGGAUGAGAAGGAUGAAGCUUGGGAGCUUAAGAAGGAAGAACUUUUGAAAAGUAAACCCUUCUCUCCAAAGAAACAUACGAAGCACAAAACGCACGGAAAGGGUGGAGUGAAAGUUCCUUCUAGAAAACAGUGAGAAGAAUGGUAUAUUACAGAUAAGGUAGAACAGAGGGUCACAGCUACCUUAACUUUGUAGUCAUUGCAACUCAUCUAUUUCAUUUACUAUUUU